GCCUGCUCCGUGUGGCCGUGGCCGGGGAUACAGGAAGGCUGGCGGACAGAGAGGGAGGGGGCAGGCGCACAUCAUGAUCCCAAAGAGCACCGCAUGAGAGACGACAACUCGGAUCCUCAAGUCCGGACCUCAUCGAACAGAAGGCAUCAUGAUUCCGGUGAUGGAAUUCCGGCAGUUCUCUGAACAGCAGUCAGCGUUCAGAGUCCUGAAGCCUUGGUGGGAUGUGUUCACUGACUACCUGUCUGUAAUCAUGCUCAUGAUUGGUGUGUUUGGAUGCACCCUCCAGGUAAUGCAAGACAAAAUCAUAUGCCUUCCUCAGAGAAUACCAUCGCCAUCGGAUAACACAAGUGGAGUGGAACCAAAGUCACUGGUGCACCUUCAAGCCAACAUUUCUGCUGUACCCAGAGAAAUGAAAGGCCUGAAAACUGAUCUGGAUCUUCAGCAGUACAGUUUCAUCAAUCAGAUGUGUUAUGAGAAGGCUCUUCACUGGUAUGCCAAGUAUUUUCCCUAUUUAGUUCUCAUACACACUGUUGUGUUCAUGGUGUGUAGUAACUUCUGGUUCAAAUUCCCUGGCUCGAGCUCCAAAAUAGAGCAUUUCAUCUCCAUGCUCGGCAAGUGCUUUGAUUCUCCGUGGACCACGCGAGCUUUGUCCGAGGUGUCCGGGGAAAAUACUGAAGAGAAGGAAAGUAAAAAGACUGGUACUUCUAGGUCCACCAUCACUGUGUGUCCUGGAGAAGGAGAUUUGGAGAUGUCACAGUCCCUCCGGUCUAUACCAGAAAAGAUUGUUGUUGAAAAGCCGUCCGCAAGUGUUCUUGAUAAAAAAGAGGGUGAACAAGCUAAGGCUCUUUUUGAAAAGGUAAAGAAGUUCCGUCUGCACGUUGAAGAGGGAGACAUCCUUUACCUUAUGUAUGUUCGUCAGACAGUGGUCAAGGUGUUCAAAUUCCUCUUAAUCAUUGCCUAUAAUAGUUCUCUGGUGGAUAAAGUGCGGAACAGAGUACGUUGUGAAGUUGAGAUCCAGGACAUGACAGGCUAUAAAGAGUUUGAAUGUAAUCACACUAUGGCUCAUCUGUUUUCAAAGCUUUCCUACUGUUACCUUUGUUUAGUGGCUGUCUAUGGAUUAACAAGCCUGUACACCUCCUACUGGCUGUUUUACCGCUCGCUGAAAGAAUACUCCUUUGAGUAUGUGCGCCAGGAAACAGGCAUCAAUGACAUCCCCGAUGUGAAGAACGACUUUGCUUUCAUGCUCCAUAUGAUUGAUCAGUAUGACCCACUGUACUCUAAAAGAUUUGCAGUUUUUUUAUCUGAGGUCAGUGAGAACAAACUGAAACAGCUCAACCUUAACCAUGAAUGGACUGCAGAGAAACUGCGUCAGAGACUCCAGACUAACACCAACAACAGACUGGAACUUCAGCUGUUCAUGCUCCCUGGGUUACCCGACACUGUCUUUGAGUUGACAGAGCUGCAGUCACUCAAGCUUGAGAUCAUCAACAAUGUCGCCAUACCUGCCUCUAUCUCUCAGCUGGAGGACUUACAGGAGCUGUCUCUUUACCAAUGCUGUUUAAAGUUGCACACAACAGCUACCUCCUUCCUCAAAGAAAACCUAAAAGUGCUCCGUGUGAAGUUCGAUGAUAACAGGGAACUUCCACACUGGAUGUAUUGCCUGCGCAACUUAGAGGAGCUCUCUCUCAAUGGAUCCCUCAGCCCCGAUGCCUCGAAGAAUAUAGUCCUCGAGUCACUGCGGGAGAUGAAGUGUUUGAAAACUCUUUCCCUUAAAAGUAAUUUGACCAAGAUUCCUCAGUCAAUAGUGGAUGUUUCCAGCCAUCUGCAGCGACUGUACUUACACAAUGAUGGCACAAAGCUCGUAAUGCUCAACAACCUGAAAAAGAUGACCAAUCUGAUUGAGCUGGAGCUAGUGCGUUGUGAUCUGGAACGCAUCCCCCACGCAGUCUUCAGCCUCACCAGUCUGCAAGAGCUCGAUCUGAAAGAGAAUAACAUUCGCUCGAUAGAGGAGAUCAUCAGUUUCCAGCAUCUGAGGAAACUCACUUGCCUUAAACUUUGGUACAAUGGCAUCAUGUAUAUCCCUGAGCAUAUCAAAAAGCUUGGCAGCCUAGAGCGCCUCUACUUCAGCUACAACAAGAUCGAGAUAUUGCCAUCGCACUUGUUCUUGUGCAACAAGCUGCGGUACCUGGACCUGUCCAACAAUGACAUCCGAUUCAUCCCUCCAGAAAUCGGAGUCCUUCAGAGUCUACAGUAUUUCUCAGUCACGUAUAACAAACUCGAAAAUCUACCAGAUGAGCUCUUCUUUUGCAAAAAGCUCAAAACGCUAAAGCUAGGAAGGAACAUGCUUUCUAUACUUUCGCCCAAAAUUUCCUACCUAGCACUACUGACAUAUCUGGAUCUCACAGGCAACCACUUUGAGCACCUGCCACAAGAGCUUGGUUACUGCCGUGCUUUGAAGCGCAGUGGCCUUAUAGUGGAGGAGACAGUGUUUGAAACUCUGCCUUCAGAUAUCAGGGACCAGAUGAAGGCUGAGUGAGAUGCCUAAUUGUAGCCACAGUGCCUGCUGUUGGGUCAGUCUACCAACUCAGAACCCUUAUGUUCUAUUAACUUAUAACCAUACAAUAGGGGGGCAAGUUCUGGUAUUAAGCCUUCUUAUACAAAUAUCUUUUUAUAUUUUGGGAAAUAGUCUUUCUGUCUUAUAAGAUUGAUAUCAAUCUCAUAUUUGUAUGUUAAACAUUAUGCUACAACCAGCAGCUGAUUCGCUUUGCACAAACACCAGAAAGUAGAAAGAAAUCCAGCCUGGCUCAUUCCAAGGGUUACAAAAAUACAUCUGCAGCUCCUCUGAGGUUCAACAGACUUUUUGUUUAGGAUUUAAAACAAAACCAUAACAAAGAAAGGCUAGGUUUUAUUGGGACUUACAUUAAUAAAUAUACAGAUUUUCUGGAUUCCCUUAAUCAGUGAGUUUUGAGGUGCUGUGGAUUAUUUUCGCCUUUGAUCUACCACAACUGUCUACUAGCUGUAGCUUCAUAUUUAGCAUACAAGCUUGAAACCGUAUCAAUCUAUUCAUCAAAAAUCUUGGCAGGAAAGCAAAGAAUAUUUCCCAAAAUGUCCUUAAAAAAAACAUUUAUUGUCAUUGCCUCAUUAAACCAGUGCAUUACUGAAUGUAAAUCCAAACAGAAGACCUCACUUAAGGUUCGGCGAGUAGCCUUAUGCUGCAUUCUGUUUAUUUUGUAUUGCCUUAAUGAUAACUUUUAUUUUCUUCAUGAGCAGCAGGGCAAAUGCAAAAAAACAAAGGAUGCAUCUUUAAUAAGAACAUGUAACAACUUGUCUGAUCUAUUAUGUGUUAUAGAGAGAGGUCAUUUUAAAGUGUAUUAAACUUAAAGGCAUAUGUCAUACUAGUAUCUUUCUUCGGUUCAUGAAUUGUGCACAAGGAAACGUUCCCUAUUAAACGUGUAUUUUUAUAAAGAGUAUUGUAUGCUGUUUAUAAAUAAAAUUUGAUAUACUU